CGCUGCUUCAUACAAGAAACAGAAGUCAGCUGACCGCUCACCAUUCAACACAGCGAUGUACUACAUGUUUAGACUGGCGUCGCUGGUUGCAGCGAUAGCCUUUAGUCACGGCUGGCUGUUCGAUGACUUUGGUGAAAAACUGAACGAGCUGGAUGAAAUCUCACUCUGGCCACUACCGCAGAUUUUUAAAUCGUCUGACCUUUCUUUUCAACUCAGCCCAAACAGCUUUCAGAUCGUCCACGGUAAAGAGUCAUCCGCCGGGCCGAGCUGCAGUUUACUUCAGAACGCGUUUCGCAGGUAUUUUGAGUACAUAUUUGGUGAAGUGAGGAAGCAGGACAAAAGAAGCAAGCAAGCUUUCAGUCCAGAUCUCGUUGAACUUCAGGUGUGGGUCACAUCAGCUGAUCCAGAGUGUGACGGAUACCCGAGUCUACAGACCGACGAGUCAUAUGAGCUGACAGUGAAUCAACCAUCUGCUGUACUAAAAGCUUCUAAUGUAUGGGGAGCAUUGCGAGGAUUGGAAACAUUCAGUCAGCUGAUUUAUGAAGAUGACUAUGGAACCUAUCACAUCAAUAAGACAGUCAUCUCAGAUUUUCCACGGUUUGCCCAUCGAGGAAUUCUCCUGGACACAUCCCGUCACUACCUGCCACUCAAAGUCAUUUUGAAAAAUUUGGAAGUGAUGGCAAUGAACAAGUUUAAUGUAUUCCACUGGCACAUUGUGGACGAUCCGUCUUUCCCAUAUCUCAGCCGCACCUUCCCUGACUUAAGUCAGAAGGGAGCUUAUCACCCAUAUACACAUGUGUACACGCCGUCUGAUGUGAAGAUGGUCAUCGAAUUUGCUCGCAUGAGGGGGAUUCGGGUCAUCCCUGAGUUUGACACCCCAGGACACACACAGUCAUGGGGCAACGGCCAAAAGGAUCUACUAACACCCUGUUAUUCUGGAUCUACGCCAUCUGGAACAUUCGGGCCGGUGAACCCCAUCUUGAACUCCACUUAUGAGUUCAUGACCCAGUUAUUUAAAGAGAUCAGCACUGUUUUCCCGGAUGCCUACAUUCACCUGGGGGGUGAUGAGGUUGACUUCACUUGCUGGAAGUCUAAUCCCGACAUUCAGAAGUUUAUGAAGGAGCAAUCCUUUGGCACAGACUACACCAAACUGGAGUCCUACUACAUACAGAGGUUGGUUGACAUUGUGGCAGCUACCAAGAAAGGUUACAUGGUGUGGCAGGAAGUGUUUGAUAAUGGUGUAAAGCUCAAAGCAGACACACAGAUCCAUGUGUGGAAACGACAGCCACAGUACCAGGAUGAAAUGGCGCGAAUAACAGCAGCUGGUUUCAAUGCUCUGCUCUCUACACCCUGGUAUCUCAACCGAAUCACCUACGGCCAGGACUGGGAGGACAUUUACAAAGCCGACCCACGAAAUUUUACUGGCACAGAUGCGCAGAAACAGCUUGUGAUUGGUGGAGAGGCUUGUCUUUGGGGAGAAUUUGUGGAUGCCACCAACCUCACUCCUCGAUUGUGGCCCAGGGCCAGCGCUGUUGCAGAAAGGCUUUGGAGUAAUAAGAACGUGACAGACCUCAGUAAUGCCUAUAAACGCCUAGCACAGCAUCGUUGUCGCAUGGUCAAGAGAGGUAUACCUGCACAACCUCUGUUCGUCGGUCACUGUCGUCAUGAGUACAAUGGCAAAUGAAGUAUGGGAUACAGUUCAAGUUGAGUUAAAGGGAUCAACAGAAAAAACACUUAAAUCUAAAUCAUGUUAGCAAUCCAGUUAUUAUGGUUUGUUAUGGUAUGCACUGAGCCAUUUAUCCAGGAAAUUACUUGAUGUUUGUAAUUGUUUUUUAAAUGAGUAAUUUAGUACAUUGUGUUAGGAGACGAUGUAUUAAACCUCUUGUAUAAAGCCUUUUGUAAUGGGACCUUCUAUUGGUAGUUAUAUAACGGGAUGUGUUUUAGGCACAAAAUAAAUAAAAUGUUUAUGCAUUUAUGUACCAUCA